GAGAGAGAGAGCAUGAAAAAAGAGAGAGGAAGAAGAAUGAGGCCAGGAGUAGAGAAGAAGAUAUCUCUGGAGGAAUACGUUGAUUUCUUCAACUCUGGAAAGUCCAUCGACUUCACCAUCGCCUACCUCAAUCAGAUCGUUCAUAUGCACGGUUUCCGAAAGCUGCACAAAUCUGCUAAGAAAAUUGUAGGUGAAGCCGUGGACGCACUGGAUCUACUAGAUCUCUCUCGCUCAACUCUGAAACAAACCGGAGUCUCUUCAUCAGCUACCCAAACGCUCGACGAAGUAAUAACCGACAUCGAAGCUCUCAAAUGGCAGGAAUGUUGCCUCACCUCACUCCAGAUCAUCAAUUUUGAUGAAGUUACUCGAGCAGGGGCCGCCAAACCCAAACAGAAAUCGAACAAGAGAAAGAUUGGAAAAGAAAAGGCGAAGAAGAUUAAGAAGAAGAAGAAGAAGAACUCAAAGAGCAUAUCAGAUCUGUGA